UAGAAUUCUACCAAGAGUUUUAUAGAUUAGUGUAGAUUUUUAGGGAAGAGAUAAUUAUAAACUUUUGUAGAGUUUAUCUUGAAGUAUUGCAUAAUAAAGAUAGUAUCGUGUUACAAUAUUGUGUUGCAAAGUAUUCGUAAUUAUCCAUUAUUUGUUGCAUUGGCUAUUCGCUUUCGAUAAAUUAUAUCCAUGUGAAGACAGAACAAUUCAGAAGCUUCUCCAAAAUUUGCAGCUCUGAGGUACAUUUAUGUCAUGUAUAAUUCUAUGAUUAUAUGCAUUAGUUCUUCAUUCAUAUUUUAUUUAUGGUUCUUUUCUAGUUUCGUAUGUUGAUCUUGUGAUAUUAUUAUUAUAUAACUAGCUAAUGGGGGAUUCACAAAAGAAUAAAGAAAAAGGUGGGUAUAGUCAAUGGAGACCAGAGGAAACAAAACUUCUGAUCGAUUUACUUGUUGAUGCAAUUCAUCGAAAUUGGCGUGAUGCUAAUGGUUUAAUAAACAAGUUCACGGUGGAACAAAUUUUUUUGUCUGUUCUCAAUGAAAAACUUGGAUGCCAAAAAGAACACAAGCAUUACCUAACUAGGAUUAAAUAUUUGAGAGAAAAAUACCAAAACCAUUUGGAUCUUCAACGCUGCAAUUCUGGAUUUGGAUGGGAUCCUGACAUGAAAAAGUAUACUGCUCUAGACGAAGUGUGGGACGAGUAUUUAAAGGUAUUUGAAAAAUAUGAAGAUCUGCAAAUCAUAUUUGGAAAUGGCGUAGCAACCGGUGGUUUUGCGAUUGGAAUGGGUGAUAGUACUGAUGCUCACACCUUUAGAGUUGAAGAUAUUAGUCAAACGAGAGAAAACAUAAACCUUCAUCAAAGCAGCGAUGAAGUCUUUGAAUUAUCAUCUCAACAACCAUCAACGGAAUGUGGUAUGUCAGCUUUUUCAUGUACAGGUUCAAAGGAUCGUGCAGAAAAGCUUCAUCCAAGGAAGAGGUCAAGAAGGGAAGCUGAUACCAAUGCAGAUAAGCUGAAAAAUGAUCAAGAUGAUUCUAUGAUCAUAGUUAGCAACAAAAUUUUUAAUAAUCAUACUCGCUUCAAAGCAAUCACCUUGAUUCAUUCACUUGGGAUGAAAAGUGUCUUCAAGGAUAUGAUAGUAGAAGAACGUUUUGGUUGGAUUGAGAGCAACCGUAGCUCUUUAUGA